AUGACUAUUAUUGCUAGGACUGUCAAGGUCGCUCCAAAAGCAUUCAGGGCAGUGCCUGUAAGGUGUCUCGCCACUAUCGCACCCUCCCAAAAAGUCCCAAUCUCAAACUUGGAACCCUCGCAAUAUGUAAACUAUCAACGUAUUGAAAACAACCUCAAGGUUGUACGAGACAGGCAAGUAGUUCUAUGGGUGUCCAUUCAGGACUUACCUAUUCUAUCGAAUCCAUCAGUAUUGGGACACCCAUUGACUUUGGCCGAAAAGAUUGUCUAUGGUCACUUGGAUAAUGCCAAGGAACAGGACUUGGUCCGCGGCAAAUCAUACCUCAAGCUACGACCUGACAGAGUAGCCUGUCAAGAUGCCACUGCUCAAAUGGCAUUAUUACAAUUCAUGUCUGCUGGAAUGCCAACAGUCGCUGUCCCAACCACCGUACAUUGCGAUCACUUGAUUGAAGCUCAAGUAGGCGGUGUCAAAGAUCUGGCUCGUGCAAACUCAAUCAACAAGGAAGUCUACGAUUUCUUGGCUACAUGUACCGCCAAAUACGGAAUCGGUUUCUGGCGUCCAGGCUCUGGAAUCAUUCAUCAAAUCAUAUUGGAAAACUAUGCCUUUCCUGGUGGUCUCAUGAUUGGUACCGACUCUCACACACCCAAUGCUGGUGGUCUUGGUAUGGUUGCUAUCGGUGUCGGAGGUGCUGACGCUGUAGAUGUCAUGGCCAACAUCCCUUGGGAAUUAAAAUGUCCCAAAGUCAUUGGUGUCAAAUUGACUGGUAAAUUGAGUGGAUGGACUUCUGCCAAAGAUGUCAUCUUGAAGGUUGCUGGUAUCCUCACUGUUAAGGGUGGUACUGGUGCCAUUGUUGAAUACCAUGGUCCUGGUGUUGAAUCCAUCUCGUGUACUGGUAUGGCCACUAUCUGUAACAUGGGUGCUGAAAUCGGUGCCACUACAUCACUCUUCCCAUACAAUAAACGAAUGUCGGAUUAUUUGGUUGCUACAAAGAGACCAUACAUUGCUCGAUGGGCUGAUUCCUUCCGUCACAACCUGGUUCCUGAUGAAGGUGGCAAAUACGACCAAUUGAUUGAAAUCGACUUGAACACUUUGGAACCUGCCAUAAACGGUCCAUUCACUCCCGAUUUGUAUACUCCAAUCUCUCAAUUCAAGGAUGCUGUUGCCAAGAACUCAUGGCCUGCAGAACUCAAGGUCGGUUUGAUUGGUUCCUGCACCAACUCAUCAUACGAAGACAUGUCUCGAUCAGCUUCAUUGGCCAAACAAGCUUUGGAUGCUGGUCUCAAGGCCAAAUCUCUCUUCACUAUUACUCCUGGUUCUGAACAGAUUCGUGCCACCAUUGCUCGUGAUGGUCAGAUGCAGAUUUUAGAACAAGCUGGUGGUAUGGUGUUGGCUAACGCUUGUGGUCCAUGCAUCGGUCAAUGGGACCGAAAAGACAUAAAGAAGGGCGAAAAGAACUCUAUUGUAACAUCAUACAACCGUAACUUUACAGGCCGUAACGAUGCCAACCCAGCCACCCACGCCUUUGUCACCAGUCCCGAACUAGUGACAGCCAUGGUCUUUGCCGGAUCCCUCAACUUCAACCCUCUCACCGAUACCAUCCCAACACCAUCAGGCAAACCAUUCAAAUUCUCGCCACCCCACGGUGACGAACUCCCCGCCCGCGGAUACGAUGCAGGUGAAAACACAUACCAAGCACCACCUGCUGACCGUACCUCUGUCAAAGUAGCCGUAUCACCAACAUCAGACCGUCUCCAACUCCUCGCACCCUUUGCCAAAUGGAAUGGCAAAGACCUCAAAGGUGCUCCAAUCCUAAUCAAAGUAAAAGGCAAAUGUACUACAGAUCAUAUCUCAAUGGCUGGUCCAUGGCUUAAAUACCGUGGUCACUUGGACAAUAUCUCAAACAAUAUGUUGAUUGGUGCCAUCAAUAGUGAGAAUGGUAAAGCUAACUCUGUAAAGAAUAUCUUGAAGGAUGGUGCAUUUGAAGAGAUUCCAAAGGUUGCCAGACAAUUGAAGGCUAAGGGUAUUCCAUGGGUUGUUAUUGGUGAUGAGAACUAUGGAGAGGGAUCGUCUCGGGAACAUGCGGCGUUGGAGGUUAGACAUUUGGGUGGUUUUGCUGUUAUUGUCAAGUCGUUUGCUCGUAUCCACGAAACCAACUUGAAAAAGCAAGGAAUGCUACCAUUGACCUUUGUCAACCCUGCUGAUUACGAUAAGAUUGACCCUACUGACAAGGUCGACAUCAUUGGUCUUGAAAACAACUUGAAGCCUGGCUCCACAUUGACUCUAAGAGUACACAAGGCUAGUGGCUCCUCCGUUGACAUUCCAUUGGCCCAUACAUUCAACGAAGGCCAAAUCGGAUGGUUUAAGAAUGGAAGUGCGUUGAACAUGAUGGCUGAAGCUGCCGCCAAGAAUUAA